CCUGCAAAUCGUGACACACACCCACUUAAGCUAACUUGGUUAGAUUUUAAAGGGUAUAUUUUCUCUCUCUUACUCACCCAAUUUUCCCUCUCUAAACUUUAGGGUUUCUACUCUUCAAUACCCAAAACCCCAAUUUUUCUAUCAGAUUCAGAUAUCAUACAUUCAUACUUCUUGAGGAGAGAGAAAGAAAAAGAGUGUAUGUGUGCUUAAGAAAACAAAAGAAAAAGCAGGGUUUUUAAAAUCAUCAAAAAAGAUUGAAACUUUCUUCAAAUCUUGCUGAAAAAGAAGAAAGCAGCUGCAGCAGAAGAAGUAGGAGCAGAAGUUGAGGAAGAAGACGAUUUUAUUUGAGGGAAAUUUGAUUUGGUUUUAUGAAAUUAGAGUGAUUUAUGUUAUGGUGAUGGAUUUGAUUUAUUGACCUAUUUUACACAAAUGCCUGAUGCUAAUUUGGUUACAUAUUAGCAAAUUGUGGGGAUCUGAUUGAUUUUGUUAAAAGGACAGAUUGUGAAAAAGAGGUGUUUGAACACACAACAUUUAGCAUUUAGCAUUUAGCAUUUAGCAUUUGGGCGAGAAAAAAAAAACCCUCUUGAUUGAAAGAGGGGUUGGACAGUUUUAACAGUAUCUAUUGUGGACAAAUUUUAAGGGACUGACCCAGAAAAGAGGAGACACUUACACAAGUCACAAUGGACAGAUCAAGAUCUAAGAGGAGCUACUACUAUGACCACCAAGACUAUGACCCAGAACCAUUUUCUAGGACAAGACCAAGAUACAACAACAACAACAACUCUGCACCUAGCCAACACCAUUACCCGAGCAGCCGCCAUCGAGGCGGGGGAGGAGGGGGGGGGUUUGGUGGAGGUGGAGGUGGAGGUGGAGGAGGUGGAGGUGGGGGUGCUGGUGGAGGAGGGAGGAUGGGAGGGAAGGGUUCGGAUUCGUCGAUGGUAACUACUAGUUAUAGGAUACUAUGCCAUGAUAUGAAGGCAGGAGGAGUGAUUGGGAAGUCAGGAAGUAUAAUAAAGGCCAUAAGGCAGCAUACUGGGGCAUGGAUCAAUGUACAUGAGCUAAUGCCUGGUGAUGAGGAAAGGAUAAUUGAGAUUUCUGAUACUAGGAGGAGGGACCCUGAUGGGAGAAUGCCGUCAUUUUCGCCUGCGCAAGAGGCAUUGUUUUUAAUCCAUGAUAGGAUACUUGAGAGUGAAGGUUUUGUGGAGGGGGAGGUUGAUUAUGGUGGUCCUGGGAGAGGUGCAAUGGGGGGUGCUGGUGGUGGUGGGAAUAACAGUGGGAGGGUCGUAUCAAGGUUGGUUGUGUCAAGGAUGCAUGUUGGGAGUUUGUUGGGGAAAGGGGGGAAGAUUAUUGAGCAAAUGAGGGUUGAGACUAAGACCCAGAUUAGGAUUCUCCCUCGCGAUCAUUCGUUGCCUCGUUGUGUUUCCAUGGGAGAGGAGAUUGUUCAGGUUGUUGGUGAUGUGCAUGCUGUAAAGAAUGCCAUAGCUAUUAUUUCAUCACGCUUGAGAGAGAGCCAGCACCGUGAUCGCAGUCAGUACCAGGGGAGAAAUACCUCAGAGGAUCGUUUUGUUGAAGAAGACUUCGUUCAUCAUAUGAAUCGUAGAUCAUCUAUGGAUGGUUCCCCUUACAAUUCCCGAAUGCAGUCCAAUUCUUCCAAUAGUAGGGGAAAUAAUUAUUCAUCUCGCUCAGGAGGUUAUAUGUAUGAGUCUGAAGGUGCUAACCGUACUGAAAAUAUCCGACCCUCUUUUGAAGACCUUGUGUUUCGAAUCCUUUGCCCAAACGAUAGGGUUGAUAGCGUGGUAGGGGAGUCCAAUGGGAUUAUGGAUAUUCUUCAAAAUGAAAUUGGUGUGGAUGUUAAGGUUUCUGAAGUAGUUGAUGGUUCAGAUGAGCGCAUAGUUAUUAUCUCAUCCGAUGAGGGGCCUGAUGAUGAACUAUUUCCAGCUCAGGAAGCAUUGCUGCAUAUUCAGACCCGUAUUGUAGAUUUGGUUCCAGACAAGGAUAAUAUUGUCACUACGAGGCUGCUUGUUGCGGCGAGUGAUAUUAGAUGCCUAGAGGAAGGAGAUGGGUUGUUAUCGGAGCUGAAAAAAUUAACCGGUGCAGAUGUAGAAGUCCUACCUAGAGAAAAAGUUCCAGCAUUCAUAUCGGGCUCUGAUGAGCUUGUCCAGAUUUCGGGAGAGAUAAAAGCAGCUCGUGAAGCUCUUGUUGAGGUGACCGCAAGACUCAGGAGCUAUUUAUACAAGGAGUUCUUCCAGAGGGAUAUGCUACCACCACCUGACCCAACUCCAGGUUCUUUCGGAAACGGGCCUUCUGGGACAGAACCAGCAAAUAAUUCCGCCCCAGCCCAUGAGUCAGUGGCUAGCGAGUCUCCUGCUGUAGUUUCUCAAAGUGUGCACACUACUACCGCUGGACAACCAAAUAAGGAUGUUGGAUUGUCAAGCAGCGAAACAUCAAGACAGAAUGAAAGCCGUGAAGAUAGUGCCAGCAGCCGCCGUGAAGAUACACCAUCCAACUUGAACAGUGGCAGGAUUCAGGUACCCAUGGUCACUAGGAGCACUCUGGAAGUUGUCAUACCAGAAUAUGCUGUUACAAGGCUUCUAGGGAAAUCUAAAAACAAAUUGGCUCAAAUUAGUGAGUUAUCUGGAGCUAAUGUUACUCUGAUAGACGAUGAGCCUGAUGGGUCCGAAAAAGUCAUCAGAAUAAGGGGAUCUCCAGAGCAGGCUGAGAGAGCCCAGAGUUUACUUCAGGGCUUUUUCUUGAGCAUUCAAGAAGAUGGCCCUUGAGGUGGAUGAACGUGAUGAGCGCAUCCAGUGACAUGGGAAGCGCUUUCACUUUUCCAUCUGCUGUUGUUUUUCAGCAAGUUUUUGGUCAGGCCUCUGAGCAUCUUUUCUCUUACCCUAAGCUUCCAUAGAGAACUACUUAGGUGUUCGAGUUUUCUGGAAGCUAGGAAAUCAGAGGGUCUAUUUUGUUUGUAAAUAUGUAUCAGAAUGCUCUCAGAUUUACCCUUUGGAUCUUCUAGAUAUUUUGUUAAGUUGAAUUCAUCAGUGUAAUAGUACUUAUUUUAUUUCUGUACCACUCUAGUUUAGUAGUGUAUCAUUUUGUUUUCAUGGUUGAUGUCUUAUAGCUCCUUGUGAAAUCGGAAGUCAGAUGAUGCGUUAUGGCGCUUGAAAUGUGCUGUUGCUUCAAUUAGCUUUGGAUGAAGAUUCACCUAAACUUACUCAUUCGGAGUAAUUUGGAGUAACACUAGCAGCAGAGUUCAUUACUGUUAUGGAACUGCUUGAUUUACAUUUUGACUGGAUGUAUGAGGUAAUUUAUUAAUAGAGUAUUUUGUAUUCUAAUGUA